GUGAGGUGACUUUUUAGCAAUGAGACAUUUUGACAGUAAACCCCCCAGACCUAGGCUAUUGCAAGAAGGAGGAAUAAUAUUGUCAAGAUAGUUUCUCAGUCAUCAGCGUUCGGUGGUUGUUCUUCCCGGUCCCAGUCCCGGUAAAAGACACCUUCGGGAUUUGGGAAAUUACAUAUUUUUUUGUAUUCAUCUUCGAGAGAAACACAUGACAUGUAAACGUCAAAAAACAAAAGUGAAGAUACAAAUUUAAUAACUAUACUGUUAGAGGGGUGAAUUUAUAUGAGUGUGUUUCUUUUUCUUACUACAAAAAGGGGUUUAGUGUGAAUUUAAUAAACUAAAAGCAUCCUCACAGGGGUCGGAACUUCGGUCGGUUGUUCCGUCAGUUUUUGGAGUUGAAAUAUUAAGAGAAUAUAAUGUUUACGCAACGAUACUUGGUCGAUGGAAAUAUUAACCAAUUUAAUUUCACAAAUUCCGUGUGAAAUUUUAAUUCUCUCAGAAAUAAAAUUGUGGUGAAUUUUGUUUAGUGUGUGUUUUUCCAAAGUUUAUAACCAUCAUCGGUAUUCUAAAUAAGAAAGAAUUAUGUACCCCUAGAUCUCGUUUGGAAUUAUUUAAUUUUUUUUCUGCUUCUAUAUCUACCUUUCAUCUUUAAAGUGUGCGAAAGUGUAAAAAAAGAGGAAUACCUCUAGCAACCCUCUACAUGUACCUUAAUUAUUAAUUUAUUAUCAGCUGCAGCUGUAACUUUGUUGGAUUAAUUUCUUUUACAACGAAACGAGGAUUUAAUAUGAGAAUUUCAAUGACACGACAGGAAUGAAAUUCAUCUGCAGCAACAAUAACAAACUUGCCAAACGAUGUCCUACUAUGAGAAAUCGAUUCAAGAGAAGAUGCUGCUGUCCCAUUGUUAUCAUCUCAAAUUCACCAAUUGGAUUUGAUAAAGAAGAAAAAUUAUAAAACGGAACUUCAACGAGAGCUUAUUGACAAAAAGGACACCGCACACAAAAGCAAACAUACGAGUAUAACCGACAAAAAUAAGAAAAAUCCAACAAAAAAAUCAAAACGGAAACAAAGACAAAAAUACCAAAAAAUUCCCUAUCCCUUCUGCAUCUGCAUCUGCACCUCAAAACCAUCUUCAUCAUUUUCCUGCUCAACUCAAAUAUGCUCCUUAUAAGUGCUUUAGCUUUGGGUCUGGUCGAAACGACCAGUCCCAAUAUUGCCGGCAGUGGCACCCAUAUUGGUGGCUUUAAUGUUGCUAAUGGGGCGGGCACUGUCGGCAAUGGCGGAGGCGGCAUAGCAGACUCUGUGAUAGGAUCCAUUCCGACGUCGGCACACUCGUCGGGCACGUCGAUUGAGCAUGCGACGCCGAAUGGCGGUGGAUCAACGAUACCCUGGGAUAAUAAUGGAACCCUGCGAUCGGCCGGUCCCGGUGACUGGUCUAUUGAACAGUGUCUCCUCUGGCAGCGACCUCAUCAUUUGUAUUUUCAACUAGGCAAUGCUUUCUUCUUUAUGGCUUUCCUGGCACCGCACGGACCCUUCGGGAUGCUAUGGCUGCGCUCGGUUAUGGUUAUCGGAUGUAUAUUGAUGGCGAUGUAUGGGUGGCUUAUCGAUUGCACACCGGAUGUGGUGCUGUGGGCGGGCCUGUUCCUAGGCGUUAAUUUAAUUUAUUUGAUAGUCCUGCUGUGCAGACUGCGACCGGUGCGGUUCGACAAGGAGAUCGAAGCGGUAUAUGAAUCUCUCUUCAAACCGUUGCGUGUGUCCAGGCAUCAGUUUAGAAAAAUUUUAAAUUGCAUGAAACUGAUACGAUCGCUUAAGUAUCAGGAAGUGUACGCUCAAGAAAAAGUAACUAAAGUCGAUAGCUUAUCACUAGUGUUAUCCGGAAAAUUAGUCGUAUCACAAAAUCAAAGAGCUUUGCACAUAGUGUUUCCUCAUCAGUUCCUAGACUCACCCGAAUGGUUCGGGGUGUCAACGGACGACUAUUUUCAGGUGUCAAUUAUGGCAAUGGAGGAGUCUCGGGUGUUAAUUUGGCAUCGAGAUAAACUGAAACUUUCAAUAAUGGCUGAACCAUUCCUGCAAUCUGUAUUCGAUCACAUCCUUGGAAGGGACGUUGUCAAAAAGCUGAUGCAAGUGACGCAGGUUAGUGAAACAAUGGCCAGCAAUGGUUUCUUGCCAUCCGGUGGCUAUGACGAUGCUGAAGAUAAGCCAAUGUUGGUUAUGAAAAAAGGUGCCGAAGGACACGGGCUAACAGCUUUAAUCAACCGUCAGCUGCAGGAAGAGCAUGCCCCUCUGCUUGGCCGUACAUAUCAAAAGCGAAUUCAAUUGGUGUCCUCUGCUGCUGCUGCUUCAGAUUCUACUUCGAGUAAAAAUAAUAAUGUAGCUUAUAGAGAUCAAACGACAUCUCCCUGCUAACAUACUGAUACAUUUAAAUUAAAAAAAUACAUGUAUACAAAUUAUAUGUAUACUAAAAUUAAUUUUUCAAUUAUUUUUUUUUGUUUUUCUUAAAUUAAUGUUGUUUCUUUUCUAAUUUUCUUCUAAAACUUAAUUUUUUUGUUAUUAUUUUUAUUAUAUAUUUUUUUGUUUGAUUUGUGAAAACAAAAACACACAUACAAAUAUAAUUAUAAUUUAACUAAUAUAGUUUUUUUGUAUAAUUGUAUAAUUUUUGUAAAUAUUUCAAUAUUUAUUUAAUAAUUUUGUUUGAUUUUUUGUAUUAAUAAUAAUUUGUUGUUUUCAAAAGCAUUGGGACUAGGAGAUAAAUGUUUAAAUAACAGAUACAAAUAGAAGUUAAAAGUUUUAAAAUAAUCAAAAAAGUAAGCCCCGAAAUUUCUGUCUUUCUGAUAAUUUUGUACCUACUUGUGCAUCCAAGCUCAGUCUUAAUAUGCUUACACCAAAUUUCAGAAUAGUUGAUCAACCGAUAAUGAAUCUUUAAAGAAUUAUGUAGUUUUGACCAAAACUUAAGAUAAUUAAUAACUUGUUUUUAUUGUUGGUUUACAUAUCAUUUCUUUCAAUAUUCACAAUAAUAAUUGUUAAAAAAUAAUAAUCUUUCUAUAACUAAGCAAUAAAAUAAACGAACAAUUCCUGUCGUUGUUUGUCUGAACAAAAGUAAAGCAUUUAAAAAAAUAGUUUUCUAGAAUCUUCAACAGAUUCUGCACGUCGUCGUGUCUGGAAUCUAAAGAAUACACAGCCUAAACUUCCCUGAAGUAUCAUUUUAAGUAGAAACGUUUUUGCACGAUGUUUUUUAGUAACACCAAUAUACUCAAAAAACAUUUCAUACCUAAAGUUAUUUUGUCUAAUUUUUCCAACACUGUUUAUGAUAUUUUAAUUG